CUAGCAAUGUGCAGAUAGAAUGACAUUACAGGACAUGGCAGAUCCCACCACCCUGUAUCCAGAACAACAAGACAUUCUGAUAGCAUUAAAACAGCUGUUUACUGCAGUUGAGUGCGAAGUUAAUAAGGCUACCAUCACUCCCCAGAUAUUCCAUGAUAUUCUCAUACACCUUGAACAAACACAUGAACAGUUUCACAGAUUUGAGUUUGUUAAAAUACUUCAGAAGAAAAUAGACGAUUCACUGUCAGUUAUCAUUGAAAAUGAACUAAGCAAGCGACCUAAUAGUGAACCUUUAGAUGUUAUUCCAGAAGUUACAGAGGUUGUUUUUAGUUCGCCAGAAUUUGUUGCCCUUCAAGAAAGUUUCUGUUUGUCUAUGCAAGAAAUUAUUGACGUUAUGGUAGAAAUUUAUCACGAUCCAAUUCGAUGGGAAAUCGGUACACCAUACCUCAAAGAUAAAAACUAUGUCUCAAAUGACGAUUUAUCAUCCAGUUCAAAUCAAACCGGUUGCAUGUUCUUCACGUCGGAUCAAUAUUUUCAAAUUGCACAGAAUUUGGAUCCUGGCAUGCCCAAACAUGUACGACAAAACGCUUUAAACUGUCUGUUCAAAACAGCUCCAGGUGAAUGUGAGCAUUGGCCUGUAAUACGUCAGGGAAUUAUGGAUGGUCUAGCUGACGAAGACUACAACUUCGCUGAAGAGUCCCUGAGUCUUCACGCUAAACUGUUCAACUCGGGUACAUCUCACUCAACAGCUGAACUGUACACCAGUCUGUCCGGUCACCUGAUCCAGCACUUUCAGAGUAGCGCCACGUACCAUGUGGAGAUGAGAAAUGGUCUGGAUACAGCUCACAAAAACACUAGGUGUCUGCUGAGACGGUUCAUGCUGCUCUCCAUCUUCCAACAUGACAUCACCUCCUUCUGGAUACGAUGUCAUGAGAGGUACAUGAUACAACCUAUAACGCAGACAAUAGAACUGUUAUCACUGAAUGUUCCAGAAGAUGGCUGCCUGAAACCCCUUCACUUCCUCUCACUAUUCGACCACAAAGCGCUGUGGUUUAGGAAGUGGCUUCACGGUUGUUUUAGUCGCAAUCUCGUGAUCCUGGCCAUGAGCAAGUUUGAUCAGCUACUGAAGAGCUCUAUUGAGUGUGUGUCUUCUGUUGUUAUCCCAGACCUUGCUCCUGAAGAUAUUUAUAGCUCAUUUACCUACAGUUGGAGGCAGCUGAAGUAUUUGGAGUUUGUUCACUCCGCAAACGUUAUCGCUUAUACUGCACAGUAUAAAGCCGGUCGAGAUCUGAUUCGUGCUGCGACUAACGCAAAUGGAGUGGUAGAGAUUCUCAAGACACUGAUCCGGAUGAUGAGUGUAGAUAACAGUGUUUUUAAUCUAAUGGACUCUUCUCUUCACCCUCAGAAUAUCAUCUGCGAACUGAUAAGAGAAAUUAUUGUGUCCGGAGAGGAAUGCAGAAAGCUUCUCUCAAAUGAACAAGUUUUGGAAACUUUACUGCAGCCACUUUUAGACCUUCCUAAAUGGAGUACAAAAUGUAUUCAGGCAGUUUGUGACAUAUUAUCACUUCUAACUUCCUACUCAAUUGGGUCAUCACAACUCAUCAAUACUACCAUUAGUUUCAAAGACACCGAAAUGUCGAUGGCGAGUGUAAUAGGGGAACAGUGUAAACAACUUAUGUGUGGGUCAGUGAAGGAUCUAACACAGAGAGAUAAGGAUGUGUUAUCAGCUCUACUCUUCCUAGCCAGACAGAUCUACACUACUCACGAGGGGCUCGCUGUCAUGGCCCGGGUCAAUAUUGUGGCUCUGGCUAAUGAUGUUUUAUCUGUCUCUGGUGAUUUAACUCCACAACCACCUGUCUUACCCCAAGAAACUGAAAAUAAGGAAUCUGAAAACUGCUUCGAAGAAAUCCUUGUCGAUAACAUGCUCGGAUUUGCUAGCACGCCGAAGGGAUUGCUGUUUCUAUACCAAGGGUGUAUGCUCGAUCAAUGUAUCGAGUACCUUUAUCAGAGAAAAUGUAAAAAACUGCAGGUAAGUAAAACUCAAAAGUUCGGAUAUGGUUACAUGGUGAGUCAAAUAGUUGGAAUUCCUGCUGGACUCCAAGCCCUGGAGCGAUGUGGUUUCAUCAGGCAGUUGUCCCAGAACUUGUGGUGGUUACUAGAGAACGGUGGUCCUCCAGCUCCAAUAGAAGUACCUGUUACUCAGCCUCCUGAUCCUUACUUUGAGGGAGUCGUGCUCAAAGCCAUGACUAGUCUUAUUCAGGUGCUGUUAUCAUAUGAUUCGCUACACAGUAUCCUGCAACAACCACACUCCCUUGUACCACUGGAUCCGGACACUUACAGACAACCUGAACCUCUCAACAUUCAUGAUAUUCUGCAGCGCAUCAUCUUUAUUGAUUCUCCCCUGAAGAGUAAAAGUCUAAUGAACUACGAUAUAAUGCAGAUAUUCGGAUUGCGGAUACUAUCUGUCCUGCUCUCGUGCCUUGAUACUUUGCUUUACUUUGUUGAUACCCAUGAUAUUAUCACAUUUAUACUGAGGUGUCAGGAGGAGGCUAAAGUUGAAGGAAAGAUAGUUAUAGACGACGCGAGCAUAGAAAGGAACAGAAUACUGGUCAGAUCAACCGUGUUAGGUGGAUACACAGAAAAAGUUAUACCCCCGCGACUGACUAAAGAAACAAUGUCUAGCGACUACCCCUUCACACUGUUCGAUGAGAUGAAGUUGCCUAGCUGCUACCUUACCUCCCCUUCUAGUUCUGAAGCAAAAGACGAGGUAAAACUAUCAGCGAUGUUACAACCAGACCCUUCCUCCGACUCCUGGCUGGAUAAAACCCGGUCAUUUGUUCUGGCAGCGUGCCAGAAACCCUCCUUUACUGGUCACGUAGGUUUGAUGGAAGUUGUUCUGAAGUAUCAGUUACAGGACUGCUCCGCUCCUUUCCCCUCGAUAAAAUUUGAGGGUAACGCAGACUCAGAUAACAUAAAGAUCUCUGGACUGAAGUACGGCUGCCAGCUGAUAGUAGAGUAUGGUGUUCGUCUCAACCUCAUUCCACCCAACACCGAGACAGCGGCUGUCGAGCAGCUUUGUCAGGAUGUUGCACGUGCUCUCAGCGCGCAGCAGCAUGGUGCACUGAAGGGUGUGAAGUUUGACUGGUUUGUGAGCGUUGUCUACCUCCUGUUUGGUGGUCAGAUAGCUCGGGCCCGUUCCUUUCUCACCACCUUCUCCACCACCCUCACUAGCGGCUAUCUGUGGAGCCUCAGAUUACUCAACUCUACCCAUGUCAAACAGGAGAUAGCAUCAAGUGGAUUGACAGUUAUUUACUACAAUGCAUGUCACUGCAUGGAGAGACUCCUACAAAAAGCUCUGCCGAAGGUCGCCUGCGCUUUCCGAAUUUCUGGAAUGUCACCUUCUCACGUGGUUAAAAGAUGGAUAAACUGCUGCUUCCUCAAUAUUCUACCGUGGAACGAAAUCUGCAACUACGUUCUCAUCGUAGUAUCAGAAGGUCCGACCUACAUAGUGCUGUACUGUAUGGCCCUGUUGAAGCACCUCGAAACCCGUCUUUUACAGCACUCAACACAACACACGUUACUAUACGAUGUGCUGGAGGAACCAGUUCAGGGUUUCAUCCUGGCCAACUAUUUGGACUAUAUCACUGCUCUUGAUAGAGAGUUUGGGGUCAUGCUUAGGAGAGAUCUAAAUGAUUUUAAUUUGAACUGUAAUAAAGUUAUGAACAUCGGAAAAUAGUUGGUGACUGAUGAUUUAGACUUUAUUUAGUGUUCACUGUUAUUUGUUUUUAUGUUAGGUAUUGAGGUAUUGAUGAAUUAAUCCUGUGCUAGCAUGAUGGCAGAGUUUGAUUAUUUUAUUUGCAAAAGUUAUUCAAGUUACAUAUGACAGGCUAUAGUAGAGAAUAUAAUAUAUUUGUAUAAAUCGAAACAUUUUUGAAAUUUGGAUAGAUUUAUAAUAUCAGAUAUAUGUACACUUGUAAUUCUUAAAUCUUAUUAUUCCAAUUCAAUACAGAUUAAAAGAAAAUGUUACUGAAUAAAAUCACUUG